UUGACAUGUAAAACCCUAUCAUCAUCCCACUUCAGUUGGAAACCCUAUUUUUCAUCUCCUUUCUUUUUGGGUUAACGAACAAGGGACUGACCUGGAGCAGCAGCAUCGCCGGUAGACAUGGUUAAGUAUUCCAAGGAACCCGAUAACCCCACCAAAUCUUGCAAAUCCAGGGGUUCAAGUCUCCGAGUUCAUUUUAAGAAUACACGAGAGACAGCGCAUGCACUUAGGAAGAUGCCGUUGGACAAGGCCAAGAGAUACCUUGAAGAUGUUCUUGCCCACAAACAAGCCAUUCCCUUCACACGCUUUUGUCGUGGGGUUGGUCGUACUGCUCAGGCGAAGAAUCGCCAUUCAAAUGGUCAAGGACGCUGGCCUGUUAAAUCUGCAGGGUUUAUUCUAGAUUUACUCAAGAAUGCUGAGAGCAACGCUGAGGUUAAAGGGUUGGAUGUGGAUUCACUUUUCAUUUCUCACAUCCAAGUAAAUCAAGCACAAAAACAGAGGCGCCGCACAUACCGAGCACACGGAAGAAUUAACCCCUAUAUGUCUCACCCCUGCCAUAUUGAGUUGACAUUGUCUGAGAAGGAAGAGUCCGUCAAGAAGGAGCCUGAGAGUCAGUUGGCUUCUAGAAAGGCAAAGGCGUGAGCUAAGAAUCUUCUUGGAAUGCAGAAUGUGUUAAGUUUGUGUGUCCUUAUAGUAUCUGUUUUGAAACAAUUUUGGCACCUUUGAACCACGUUUAGAAACUUGUGGUUCCAUUAUGCUUAUUCUUACUAUUCCGAGACUUGAGUUGGAUGUUUACCUUAUUUUAUGGCUUAGACUGCUGGAAUUUUUUUCCUUGA